UUGCUCUUGUUCAUGGUUCAUCUGUUUGCGCGCCUCGUCAGUUGAGUGGUAGUCAAGCAGGAUUGGUUGAGAUCAUUUCUUGUCCCAACCCUCAUUUUGAGCUGCGGUCACUGUUUGCCAAAUCAGCCCUCAGAAAACGCGUCAAGGGAUCCCAGGGCUAGCUUGACAGCUCAAGACCACGCUCAGCUUUUUACGAUUGUAGCCCCUACAUCAGCCACUUUAUCAGCAACGCGAGGCGAAAGUACCCUCUACCGGCGGAUCGGAGUUGACUGCAGGUGGCGGGUGCUUGGACGGCCGCCAUGGCGGACCAAAAAGAGUUCAACGUUAUCCAGUUUGGUCGUAGCGAUGGCGCGGAUACAGGACCUGGGUACUGGCCUGCAACGCCCGCGCCGCCCAAGAAGGUCUCAGGGGCAGCAACAGACGCUGGACGACGGACAAAGCCAUCAAUGGCCAGACUGGCAGAGGAUGACCCACGAUUUGUCGAAUGGAAAGUAAAGCUGGGGAUUCUCCUGAAGCAGGAGUUAUCGCCUAGCCCUCAUGAGGGGAAUGCGUGGCUCGUCAACUUCCCUAGAGGAUACUGGCUGUAUGAGAAAUCUAACAAGACUUGGGUCUCGGGCUAUCCGAUCAAGUCAAAGCUGUUCAGGACACCACAGGAAUUCGCUUUCCAUCUCAUAUGGCUUUCAUCUACAUCAAAUGACUACAAAGACUGCUGUUGCCCGCAUUGCAACUUCCAGAGCGCGCCCAAGCCUGUGGUCGUGGACUUGGACAUGCCGAAUCUGCCUCACGUGGAAUCGCUGGCCAAGCCAGACAAGGUGCAGCCCAAGGCGACACAUGUGCCGAUACCCAUCUCCGGGCAGACACAACAAGAAGCCACCGUUGCAAGGCCAGUUGCCGCCAAGCAAAGCGCCCUCGCGAGUCAAGCGCCCGCUCCGGUCCAGGUCCAGCCUCAAGUUCAGCACCAGCAGCAACUACACCUGCGGCCGCAGACACAAUCUCCUAUGCAAAGACAAUCCCCGGCCCAAACACAAUCGCAACAUCAGGCUCCAGCCCAAAGCAAUCCCCAACCACAAGCGCAACCACAAGCACAAGCUCAACAAGCAAACAUUGUAUGGAGCCUCAGGUCGCCACUUGUCUUCCGUGCCGGUGAGCUUGUGUGGUUCAACAACGGAGCGUCUUGGCGGUUGGGCAUCAUCGCGGCGUCAAGCCAGACGGCGCAUGAGCUCUUGCCCAUAGGACAUGGCAUGGUUCACCGCCCCAAUGUGGUCAAGCCUCCCGAGGAUAUGCGGCCUUUCUAUGCGUUCAGCGUGCCGUUUGUCACCAUACCCGAUCUCAAAGACAAGGUCUUUGACGACAUCCCAUGGGAGUCGACCUUCCAUGCCCUCGGCAACGACACGGGCAAACGCGAUGUCUUCGCGCUGGAUGCGUCCAAGAUGGCGGCGACCAAGAUCGACUACUCGUAUUCGACCUGGUCUCCCGUGUCACAAGACCAAAAGACCAUCUUCUACUACGGCUGCUUCCUGGGAGCGGAGCGCAUCGAGAUUGGCGAUGCCCUGCGCCUUCGGAAGCUGCCAGCCUCGCUUAUGGCCGGCGAGACCGCGGUCAUGGGGCUGCGGAACAUCUUCGUGUCGGAAGAGCAGGGCGGCCUGCUGUUCCGCGGCCAUCUCUACGUGCUCUGCAAGGAUGCGUCCAAGAACAUUGUCCCGCCAGAGCAGCUUCCCAUCGCGCUGCGCGACGAACUGAAAUGGAGGCAGUCGACCGCUUCGAAAAACAACACCUAUCAGUACUCUCUGAUCAAGGAGAAUGUCAUCCUGAACGAGAGGUCGAUCAAGGGCCGCUUCUACCCGACGCAUCGCCUGAUGCCCAUUCUGGACCCGGGGAGCUUCAACCAGAUCGUGGCGUCGGGCCAUGUGAACGAGCAGGUUAUACCGCAACUGAACAACCGCAUGGAGGCAGGCAUGGGAAGAUAUAUUGGCCGUAAGAGGAAUCGCAUCGAUACACUGGGCCCCUGUGUGGCCCACGGGUCACGACUGGCGUUGGAAGGACAUGUCAAGGAAGAUAUGUGAGGAAGGACUUAGUUUUAUUGGAUGUCACGGAGACAUGGGCGCAAUUAUUAUUCUCGCUACUGAACCUUGUAGUUAGCGGAUCGAAGCUUUUGCACCAAGUAGGUAGUUCCCGUAUGACUCCCUCCGAGGCGGCGUGAGCAAGGCUGAAUGAAAUAUCUCGUCACGCUUAUUCACUUGUUACGCGACGAACUAUGCAACUCU